GAAGGGGCAGGGGUGCUGGUGAUUUAGGGAAGGGUCUUGAUUUUGGGGUGAUGUUGCAGGAAACGAAGAGGCUGUGUCAGCCAGGGGAGGGAGAGUACAUCGUCCCAACCUUUAUUAGCAGCCUACUCUUCAUCUGGGAAGCACAGGCCGAGGCAUGAUCCGAAUCCAUAUCUUGGAGGGAAAGGCUUUUGUGUGGAAUGCUGCUGAUGCGCGGAGAUUGCGGGAGGAGCAUCGUAUUGUCGGCACACUGGUUGGAGCGUUAGCUCGGAAGCCGCGGCAGAAUGUGCGGCUGGGGCUGCCCCUGCAGCUGCUCCCGGAAGAGGUCCGGUUACUGGCAGAAAAGGGGUUGGCAGCCUUGUUCAAAAACGCAGCGUCCCAACCCCUUCGAGAUGAUAAAAGCCAGGAUCCUUCAGCCCUUGAGGAGGUGGCCGCCUACCAAAACGAGCAAGAGGAGAGCUAUCAGGAGCAGGUUCGGCUGGCGGCUGAACAGAGGAAAGCUGUGCUGGGUACUCUUGCGGAACGUAUAGCCCAGGGCCGGGCAAAGAAACGGCGGCAGGAAGAGGGAGAUCCUCCUGCAGAACCGGAAUCCACCUUUGUGCUUCCUCGACAAUCUAUGAUGGUCCAGCUCCCAACAGAACGAGUACAUCCAGGCCCAGAAGAAGAGGUGGACUGGCAUGUCCCAUCCCAAGACUGGCCUUAUGCUGGACAGGAGGAGCACGAGAUACAUUACCGCAUUUUCCAGAAUCUUUGGGAACGGGGCUACUACGUCACCAGUGGGAGCAAAUUUGGGGGCGACUUCCUUGUUUAUCCAGGUGACCCCAUGCGUUUCCAUGCCCAUUACAUCGCCCUGUGUGUCUCUAAAGACACCCCUCUCUCCCUGUGUGAUGUUGUCAGCGCAGGACGCCUUGGCACCAACGUGAAGAAGACGGUGCUUCUGUGUUCGGUGGACCAGGAUGGGACUGCAGUCUUUACGUCCUUGCAGUGGAGUGGGAUGCAGUGAGAACAGGAUGCCAGUGGUGAUUUAGGGUUGCUGUUCUGACAGUGGUGCGGGGCUGGGCUUAAGCUAUUAUAGCACAGUCUACUCCAGCUGUUCUCUUACUUCAUUUACAGUUAACCCUCCACAUUACAAUUGUGCAAAUGACUGUCGGUGUGUGUAGUCUCCCAGCAGACAUCUCCAUGUGCGAAUGUCUCAUGGAGGGCAGCUCUGUGUACAUAAAGAAGAUGGCCAAGGAGAAAUACUUGGACUGACUUUGGCAGCGUUUCUGCAGUAGUGUAAUUUGUCUUUUUCCAGCUGCCCGGAGACAAGGUUUGUGCGUGCUCAGAAAUAAAAGGAAGAAGUUCGAGCCUUA